AUGAAGAAUCCCCCAAAACGACCACAACAUAAUCCAUCCGCUUUGGACGCUUUGGCUAGGAAGAAAAAAACUGAGCAAACGGCUUUUAAGGUAAAAAUGCAGAAAACACCGUUGUUGGUUACGAGUCAGUGAACACCGUGUGAACAGCAAGCAAAAAGUAGAAAAAUUUAGAUUCUUUAAUUACGAAAUUAAUACCAGCUAGGUAAAAGUUACAGGGUACGGUGACUGGGGAUAUAGUGCGAUUAGACACAGUCAUUUCAGUAUAUAUUUACUAUGCGCAAAAGUCAAAAAAAGCCUUUUCUCCCUAACACACAGUAUUUGCGUGGGUGGACUUAAAAUCCUUGUUUCAUUUGAACUGUUUCAGGAAAUAGCAUGAAUUAUUGGCUGUAUUGAGCCGAGCCAGGGCUUAUUACAAACCGUACCCUGUUUCAGAAGAAUUUAAGAACAAAAUGUCAGCACUUGAGCGAAGUAAAUUCCCACAAAGUGUCAAAUGAUCGAGCUGGAAUUUAUCAACAUUGUGAAAAUUAGCUUUGAAUAUGCUAGCGUCACAUCAGAGCCACCCUGUCAACAGGUCCAACAGAGCCUUUCUUUCACUUGCUCGAUUUUGCUGUACUGGACAAAGCCUCGGCAUGAAUCGAGUAAAAUCUUUGUUGAGCAUGUGCUGCAUUUUGCUAGGAUACAGUUUCGAAUCCAGACCUAAUAGCCGUGCGGUUGGUACAGCGGGCUCAGUUCUGAUCAUCGGUUUAUCAAGAAAAAACCAGUUUGACGCGAGAAAACAAGAUUGACUAGUCCAAAAGUUCGGGCUGGGCGAUUUCAAAGGUUUAACAUCCAUGUGAUUCAGGCAGGGACUCCUUUUGUUCUCCUCAGUCAAGAAAACAAAAGAAGGCUCUCGCAGGGUGCAUCUGAGCGCUCGUUCAACAAUUCUCUCUUGACUAUUUUUUUUUUCUUCUCUCUUUCUCAGAAGCCUCUACAUUCUUAGUUCUUGCCAGUCUAUCUCUCUAGGCACAAUGUAUAAAGUAUGUGUAUAACAGUUCUGCUUUAAAAGUAGACAAUACAUCACUAUGGAAUGGGGAGUUAUUGGCAAUAGAUCACUAUAGCACGGGUAUUUAUUGGGAUCCCGUCAACACUAAUGGUUUGUUUAAAAAUGAAUAUUCAUUUGCCGUUUUUUGUUUUUUGCGUCUAGGGUGGCUGGAACAUUAAACGUCUUUUGUUGUUGUUUCUUUAAUUUCAAUUUCAAUGAUUUAAAAAACCCAGGUAAUAAGGCAACAUAACGAGUUUUUACUUCACAAGUGUUUUUGUGCAGUAUGCAUUAGAAGUAAGGUAAUUCACAAAAUGCUUAUACACUCCCCUUACAAUAGUUUUGCCGGUGGUAUUGAUAAUCAUUGAUUAUUGGUGACUACCACACGGUCCCCUCUCCGCUCGUGAAGGAGAUGUUUAUAAGGUCAGUACUUACAUACAGAAAGAAUUAAAGAAGGUAGCGCUUUAUAACCUUCAUAAUGAUUGUAUGUUGGCCAGGUGACUGUUUCCAGUCACUAAAGAUGAAGCCGCAAGGAGUACCUUAGGACCGAUCCGUAGCCCGUUGUUUAAAUGAUUCCCCGUCUGUGAGAACCAACAGAAAAAAAGAUUUUUUUCUAACCUGAAAGGGAUUGAUGCAACCCUUCGCAAGGCUCCUCAACAUGUUUUGCAAGGCGCAGUUUCUUGGUGCUUCGCCAAUAAUCUAUUGAUGAACCAGGACAAAUAUGUUCUGCUUUUUCGGUCACUCACAAAUGCUAACAACAGCGAGGGUCCUCAAAAGGUUUUUCAGGAUCCGGGAUUUCCCUUAUUUGAAGCUCGGGAUUCGGGAUUUCAAAGUAAAAUCGGGAGGAGUUUGGGAUUAAAAGUAUGCCAGGAAGGUGAGAUUCCAAAAAUAACCCUCGGGAUUACGGGAUUGCACGAAAUUUUGGGUCGGGAUUACGGGAUUUAAGAACCCUACUGGGGACCCUCAACAACGCUACUAACCUCAUUCGUUGAUUCCCGUAGGUAGGGGUGAUAGGGUUCUGCCGAUAUCAUGACUGUUAAGAAUACAUAACUUACAGGCUGCUCAGUUGUGUAAACAAAGCGAAAAGGGAGAUUCUGGAAACCCCGGCUUAGACCCACACCCUCCACUAACACUCUAAAGACACCGUGACAGUGAAGGAGUUAGUUCUAACAGGAAGUACAAAUCGACGAGUAGAUGCGAUUAAUAGACUGAAGUAAAUACCUGACGUUUAGUGCAAGUUCAUUUUGUAAGAAAAAGUUUUUAUUGAAGACAAUUCAAAUCAGUGUAAAAUAAUGAUAGCGUAUACGUUUGUUUGCAAAUUUACAACUUGGUAUAUGGGCAUCUGUCCGCCAAAACGAAAAAGAUAACUUCUUUAUAAUCCAUGAGCGACAUCGGUUUUUCGUUACCUUAAAAACUAGAACUGUUGCCAAUUAUUUUAACAAGUUUUUCCCACUAGAUUCUCCUUUACAUUGCGCUAACAAUAUUUGCUUGUUAUACAGAAUUACAGGGAUUCAUUUGAACUCUAAGUUUUUUCUUAUCUUGAGACCAUCGGAUCAUUGUGCCUUUUUAUAUAUUUCAAUUCAGGCAUGUCUUAGUUUAUACUGUAUGCAUUUUCCACGUACAACAUCAAUAUAUACAACACCAAUGUUAACUUCUUCCGGGAAGUGUUGUAUACGGGGCCAAGUUCAAUCGUAAGCAUCUAAGCAUGUCCCCUAAAACGGAAAUAUGUCAAGAAUUAAACUCAUUUUAUUGUCAAGAAGGCGUUACAUAAAGGGUAUUGUUUUACAAAAGCGGAACAAGCUCAAUCGUUGGCAUCUAGCAUAUAACAUUCGAGACUCGCCUACCGCUAGAUUCCAUACAUUUUGAGCACUCCGUGGCGCGUUUUAUUUUAUAUCAGUAACAGCAAAAAUAUAUUAGAUAACCGCUGCUGGUAUUUUAAAGCCUUAUCGACAGCAAGUUUUUCACCGUGAUCGAUGUCAUUUACGUCUAAGCCCCCACAGAGUUUUCUUUUUUUAUCAGAAGCCCCGAUCCAUAAAAGAUAUCUGCGUUGCUUAUUAGUUUUCAAGGUUUUCUCUUCAAUUUUCUAUGACCACGAGACCGUGAUAGACAUGUGGUUCUCGAGAGCCUAGACUCUAGCUCAAAUUUGGACCUGUCGCCGGUUUCUGUACUGGAGUGGACGGUCAUUCUGACCCUGGAAAAGAUCUUUUUAACCUUGCUUAGCUAAAAAAGAAUUAUAAAAUUUAACAGUUCCCUCCUGUCUGGUUCCUAAAUACACCAUAUAUAAUAUUACCAGAACAUCACUAUUUCAUAACAAUCACUAGUCUCUGCCAAAGAAUUAGUGACGAGGGCCGUUCCUCAUUAAAACUCAAUAAAUUAAAAAAGGUUAUUUCAUUUCUUAACCAACACAGUCGUUCAUCGUGUUGUUCUGGCCGACGGCGACGGGCGAACCCACUUGGCCUGCCUACAUUUCGAUUCAUAAUAUUAAUCCUCCUAUCCCGAUUCGCUCCUGGUUCUAUCGGUUCUGUCAGUUCUCUGUUCGCUCUCAGCUGUUCUUCUGUCGCUGCACCCUCCAAGGGGUGGUAGGCUCUUAGGCCACAGCAUACUGUCGGAGCCUGGUAGAUCUUGAUCACACAGUACAGAACAACAAGCAUCACGAUAAAUGAGACAACGCUUAACACCAAUUCGACCGUCAUCUUUUGGCUGGCUUUGUUUUGUUCCGUAUUCAGUGAAGCAACAGCACGGUGAUGAAGAUAAAAAAAAUUUAAGGAGUGACUUGGUGAUUUGUUUAAGAGUCUGAAUGCACUGCAUGAGAAGCCAGCAGAAAUCUCAUAGAUUUGAUCUUGCGAUUUUCUUUGCAGCACUUGUUUAAAUUAUUGACUUUGUGACCCUACCUUUAAUAUUUUUAGUGCGCGUUGAUGAAAACAAGCCCACGCGCCACUCCUUUUCUUUGUUAAUAGUCAAGUGAUACUUUCCCUUUGGCGUUGUUUCGCAUGACCGGCUCUAUUGCGUCAAAACCCGCUCUGAGGUAGCCUCCCCGCAGACGUCCUUUGGGGUUCGUUUGUCACGCAUUCAUUUCUCCCCCAGGUUGGCAUUAGAUAACAUCGAGUGAAACCAGAUUGGACACCUUAUGAAUUUUACACAACGCAUUAUUUUCAUAAUGGAACGAGGCUGGAAUGUAGAAUGAGGCUAGAAUAGCUGAAGAAACCAAAAUUACAGAGCUCCAGUUAUGGAGAGAACACAGUAGAGAGUUAAGCACUGAUCUGCAGUGAUUAGGGUUAAGCACUGAACUGAAAACGGUUAGCUUUCCAAUAUUGUAAUGGGGUACGGCAUAUAUAAGGACAUGUACAUUUUAAAAAUUACUGGAUUUGGCAGCUAGUCCUCGAUGGGGUAGUGGAUAUGGAUGUAGGCUAUAAAGCAAGUGACCCGGGUUCAAAGCAUCACAGUGGAGUUUUUCUAGUUCACUUUUAUAUUACACAGUAAAGUUGGACUUGAGUUGUUCUUCAUGUAAUUUUACUGAAAGAAACAAUCUGACUUCAGCCGAUGUUACCUAAUGCUAACCUCUCCCCCACGGGGAGAAAUGAAUGCGUGAUAAACGAACCCUAAAGGACUCUGCGGGGAGGCUAGCUCUGGGGUAUUCUCAGGUAUUCCGUCAUAAUUCAGCCGUUGUCAGGGCAACUAGAAAAAGUGAGCUGGAAUCGUUGCCUUUCAACCUUAACAUGCGUCAUAAUUCAGCCGUUGUCAGGGCAACUAAAAAAAGUGAGCUGGUAUCGUUGCCUUUCCUGCUAUCAAGCGUGA